AUGAAACUUCGAUCAAGAAAAAACGAAGAAUCAAACGAAAUGCCGAGAAAAGAAAAAGGAAAAGGUCCCGAAGAAACCGUGUUCGAAGAAACUGUGUUCGAAGAAACCGUGUUCGAAGAAACCGUGCCCGUGGAUACUCCGUAUACAGAAUCGGACAUUUCUAUGUCCGACGUCGAAUAG